GGGAUCUGGGGAGGGAAUGGGAUCCAAGGAGAGGAUGGAAUUCGUGAUUAACUCUGCAAGGGGAGGUUUGGGAAUGCUGCUGUUGGAAACAAGGCUGAGAACGGGCACUUUCAUUGCAUCUCCUUCUGCCAGGGGAGCCCGAGGCGCGGCUGUGCCGGGUUGGGAUCAUCUCAUCCUUUGGGAUUGAUGGCAGCGGGAUGGGGACAUCCAGAGGGGUGCAAACCCCCACCCUGCACUGCUCGGGGCUGCAGGGACGUGACUGGCACCGCUUGGCCCAUCAGUGGUGGGGUCAGGGUGGAUUUUGGGGUGCUCAGCCCCUUGUGGCAGGGCCAGGGUGGAUUUUAGGGUGCCCAGCUCCUCAGUGGUGGGCGGAGGGUUGUUUUCUCCAUCGGGAGGCAGCCCAGCUGGGUGGCAGGGCUGUGCCAGGGGGAAGGAAACGGCGGCGGCACGAUAAGGGCCGGCUGCCAGCCCGCGAGGUUUUCCUUGUUUUUCUGCUGGGGGAUGAGAUAAGAGCCGGGCACUGGCACAAGAUGUCGACCUACAAGCGGGCAACGCUGGACGACGAGGACCCCCUGGACUCCCUUGGUGAUGGUGAUGGAUACCCCAACGGCUUCCAGGUGAAUUUGCGCGGCUCGAGGGGCGGCCGCGGCUGCUGGGCCGAGCGGACACGCGCCGAGAGGCAGCUGCUGGUGCUGGUGGGGGUGCUGGCGGUGGUGCUGGUGGCCUGUCUGCUGGGACUCAUCUUCCAGUACAGAGCCAGGCCACCCGCCGUGUGCCUGUCGGAGUCCUGCAUCUCCGUCACCAGCUCCAUCCUCAGCUCGCUGGACCGGGCGGUGAAUCCCUGCGAGGACUUUUUCAGCUACGCCUGCGGGGGCUGGAUCAAGGCCAACCCCCUCCCCGAUGGCCACUCGCGCUGGGGCACCUUCAACAACCUCUGGGAGCACAACCAGGCCAUCAUGAAGCACCUGCUGGAAAACACCACGGCCAACGUGUCGAGCGAGGCGGAGCGCAAGGCACAGCGCUAUUACCAGGCCUGCAUGAACGAGAGCAAGAUUGAGGAGCUGCGUGCCACCCCGCUCAUGGAGCUCAUCCAAAAGCUGGGUGGCUGGAACAUCACAGGGACCUGGGCCGGUGGCAACUUCAACGAGACGCUGCGGGAGGUGACGGCGCAUUACCGCACCUCGCCCUUCUUCUCCGUCUACGUCAGCGCCGACUCCAAGAACUCCAACAGCAACGUCAUCCAGGUGGAUCAGUCGGGGCUGGGCCUGCCAUCGCGGGAUUACUACCUGAACAAGACAGAGAAUGAGAAGGUGCUCGCCGGGUACCUGAACUACAUGGUGCAGCUGGGGAUGUUCCUGGGAGGCACCGAUGAGGAGUCGACGCGCCAGCAGAUGCAGCAGAUCCUGGACUUUGAGACAGCGUUGGCCAACAUCACCAUCCCCCAGGAGAAGCACCGAGAUGAGGAGCUCAUCUACCAUAAAAUGACAGCCGGAGACCUAAAGGAGCUGGCGCCGGCCGUGGACUGGAUGCCUUUCCUCUCCACGGUCUUCUACCCCGUGGAGCUCAAUGAGUCGGAGCCCGUCGUGGUCUACGCCAAGGAGUACCUGGAGCAGGUGUCUGACCUCAUCCUGGCCACGGAUAAGUGUCUCCUCCACAACUAUAUGAUCUGGAACCUGGUGCGGAAAACCAGCCCCUUCCUUGACCAGCGCUUCCAAGAUGCCGAGGAAAAAUUCAUGGAAGUGAUGUAUGGGACGAAAAAGACCUGCCUCCCACGCUGGAAGUUUUGCAUCAGUGACACGGACAACAACCUGGGCUUUGCCCUGGGGGCCAUGUUCGUCAAGGCCACCUUCGCCGAGGACAGCAAGCAGGUGGCAGAGGAAAUGAUUGCAGAGAUUAAAACUGCCUUCGAGGAAAGCCUGGAGACCCUGCAGUGGAUGGACGAAGAGACGAGGAAAUCGGCCAAAGAGAAGGCAGAUGCCAUCUACAACAUGAUUGGCUACCCCAAGUUCAUCAUGGACCCCAAGGAGCUGGAUAAAGUCUUUAAUGACUAUGAGGCCGUGUCCGACCUCUACUUCGAGAACGUCAUGCAGUUUUACAACUUCUCGGCCAGGGUCACGGCCGACCAGCUCCGGAAACCGCCGAACCGGGACCAGUGGAGCAUGACACCUCCCACAGUCAAUGCCUACUACUCUCCCACCAAGAACGAGAUCGUCUUCCCCGCCGGCAUCCUCCAGGCCCCCUUUUACACCCGUGCAUCCCCCAAGUCCCUGAAUUUUGGUGGGAUCGGCGUGGUGGUGGGCCAUGAGCUGACACAUGCCUUCGAUGACCAAGGCCGGGAAUACGACAAGGACGGCAACCUGCGUCCCUGGUGGAAGAACUCCUCGGUGGAGGCCUUCAAGCGUCAGACAGCGUGCAUGGUGGAGCAGUACGGCAACUACACCGUCAACGGCGAGGCCGUCAACGGCAAGCACACCCUCGGGGAGAACAUUGCCGACAACGGGGGCCUCAAGGCUGCCUACCGGGCGUAUCAAAACUGGCUGAAAAAGAACGGGGAUGAGGAAACCCUCCCAACCCUCGGCCUCACCAACCACCAGCUCUUCUUCGUUGGCUUCGCGCAGGUGUGGUGUUCGGUUCGCACGCCGGAGAGCUCUCACGAGGGGCUCAUCACCGACCCCCACAGCCCCUCGCGCUUCCGCGUCAUCGGCACCGUCUCCAACUCGCGGGAGUUCGCGGAGCACUUCGGCUGCCCCGUGGGCUCCCCCAUGAACCCCCCCAAGAAGUGCGAGGUCUGGUGAAGGGCGAGCGCCCCAGCGGGAGCCAGCGGCCGGUGGUUCCAUCCUCUGCUGGAUUUCCCCUGUCCUGUGAGGCUCAAACCACUUCUCUGCACCAGGGAGAGCCCGGCUCAGCCAGAGCUGCCCCGGUGUCGUCCGAGGUUCGAUCCACUGUGAAAACUCCUCAUCCCCUCGCUCGUUGGUGAAAUGACUUUGGUUUGGGGGGGGUCUCUUCUUUCCCACCACGUCCAUGGGCACUACCCUGAACCACCACCCCAGCAAAAUCCCUCUUUUUUUGGAGGGUAUAAAGGGAACCCCCGGCACCAGCAGGUUUGUCUGCUUGUCUAAGUACAGCCAACGUACUUUCCUCUCUCCAAAGAUGCGCACACAAGGAUGGGAAAUAUUUUAAGAUAUAUUUUUUUGGGGGAGGGGAAAUAUAUAUUUUUUUUUCAUGCAUUGUGGAAUACACUGGAAGAUUUCAGGGAAAAUGCAUUUUAAAGCCGCCUUUUUAGUAAAAGAUUAGUAUAUUUAUUAAUUUUUUUUACUUAGCGCAGCUGUAGAUGCAGCACCCUGUGGUGACAGUCCCUUGGUCAGGGAAGCUGGGUGGGGCCGUGGAUAUAACCUUCCAGCCUUGGAUCCUGUUUCUCCAGGAGGGACUGUCCUCAGAGGAUGCUUAUGGGAAAAGUGGGGACAGCGGGCCAGGGGACAGGGCUGGAGGAUGCUGCAAGUCACAGAGGCUGUGCCGGGAUGCUCCUGGGAUUAGCUUUAAUUUGGGAGUGCAAAGGGAAAAGUUGACAUGCCAAAGAUGUCACCAAGGUGGUGACGGUGUGGAUGAAGCAUCCGGUUCUCCCUCCUGUCCCCUCUGAAGCGAGGCCAGCCAGGAUUUCCUGGCCCAAAAGCUUCCCCAGACAAGUGCAGGCGGUUCCUGCCGCUGCUCCGCUCGCCGCCGUGCCUGCACCCUCUGUGCCCAGGAAUCUGCAAGCCCCCAAAUCACCACAAACCCCAAAACUCCGUCCCUCCAGAGCUGGUUUGGCAUCUGCAUGAGAUCCAACCGGGAUGGGGGUGAGGGGUUGUUUAAGGGAUGUUUUUAAUACUCAUUUUGAGAGGAAAGCACUGACAGGAGCUCAGGUGCUGCGUGUUGUCACCUUCUUGCUCUGGACAGAAAGCACAGAGGGAUUUUUAAUAUUUAUAUGUAAAGGGAGGGAUGGGAGGGGCUGUUUUUUGUAACUAUUUUUUCACCCUAUGCGUGGGGCUUAUUGUAAUUGAAAUAAUAAAUACUUUUUACUGGAUCUGGA